AUUCGUUGGAAAUGUUUAAUAAUCGUAAUGAUUUCAAUGAACGAAAAAAAAGUCACAGUAAAUAGAGAAGUUGUUAAACAGUAUUUAUUAAUUCACAUAGUUCAUCCAUCCAAAUUCUGUUUAUAAAAUAUUUCAUUACUUCUAUUUUCCUAUUUGAAGAGUCAUAAAGACGGAUAAAGAAAGUUGUUCAUUGGGCACUUUAGCAGUGGUGUUCUAGUGUUUUACACGUCUAUACUCUACAUAAACCACAACUAGAUGUUUCAGAGGAUGAAUUAAUGUCUACGUAACAGCAAUGUCUGAUGAAAACAAAAUAUGGAGUGUAGUUGAAUUUGGCGAUGGUAGCAUCCAUAUAAUCCCAAAAAAUUGGUUUUUGGACAAAUCCAAAUGUUACUGGCUUAGUCAAGGAACAUUUAAAACAAUCAACGCUUACAUAAAAGCAGUUAAAAAAAUGGGUUGCCCUGAUGAAAACUGGCCUAUAUUUGAAGCUCAAAUACUAGCAGAAUCUGAUGAUUUUGAUGUUGCAUUCAAUAAACUCAAAAAGGCAGAAACUUAUUCUGAUUUAGCAACAGAUGCCGAACAAGAUAAGCUUAGCAGAAAUUUAAGGCACAAAAAAAGAAAAAUAAGUUCUUCAUCAUCGAGUGAUGAAGAUAAGUCGACUAAAAUUACAUUAGUUAAAGUACCUGCAGUACCGAAACCACCUUCAGGUGGUAAAAAUACAUCAGAUAUUGAUAAAAAAAAAUUAGCUUCUGGUACUGUUCAGUUUUACCAAAAAAAUAAGUCAUCAAACAAACCAGUUUCAUACGACUAUAAAGAACAUGUUCAAAGUCCAAUCUAUGGCGAAGCUUUCAGUAGUCAUCAAACUAAUUCAAAAAAUGUCCGUCGAAGUUUAAGCUACAAUAGUGAACCUUCAAGUGAUUGUCAAACUGAUUCAAAAAAUUUGUUUACAAAUUUAAAUUACGAAGAACCUUCCAAUGGUCGUCAAAUUAACUCAAAACGUUUUCAUCAAAGUCCAAGUUAUGAUGAAUUUUCCCGUGAUCAUCCAACUAACUCAAAAAAUUUGUUUACAAGUUUAAAUUACGAAGAACCUUCCAAUGGUCGUCAAAUUAACUCAAAACGUUUUCAUCAAAGUCCAAGUUAUGAUGAAUUUUCCCGUGAUCAUCCAACUAACUCAAAAAAUUUGUUUACAAGUUUAAAUUACGAAGAACCUUCCAAUGGUCGUCAAAUUAACUCAAAACGUUUUCAUCAAAGUCCAAGUUAUGAUGAAUUUUCCCGUGAUCAUCCAACUAACUCAAAAAAUUUGUUUACAAGUUUAAAUUACGAAGAACCUUCCAAUGGUCGUCAAAUUAACUCAAAACGUUUUCAUCAAAGUCCAAGUUAUGAUGAAUUUUCCCGUGAUCAUCCAACUAACUCAAAAAAUUCAUGUCAAAGUUCAAGCUAUGAUAACAACCUAACAGAUAAUAAAUCUCUAUUUCCAAAAGGAAAAAAUUGUGAACGAUGCCUUUCUAAUAAUGAUUUUCAAGACCGUGUACUAAGACAACUUUCACAUAUAAAACUUCAUUUAUUUAAAUUAGAUGAAAAACUUUCUGCAUUGAAUUAUCCUUCACUACAAAACACAAACAUUAUUGAUUUUUAUGAUACCAAUAUUUUAGACAAUUUCCCUCUUCAAUGUGAGCAAGAUUUACAAAAUGUUGAAAUAAAACUAACAAAUGAUGACAUUUAUAAGUCGAACAUGUUAACAGCUCUAUCCAAGAUGGGUGGUUCAAAGACAGAUGAAGCUACAAGGUAUAUUUUAAAAAAAAUAUACGCUGAUAAAUUAGCUAUGUGUUACAGUUGGAUGGGAGGAAAAAAAGGAAAAAAAGUCUUGUCUACUAUGAUACUUCCUAAAAUAAUAAUAGAAGUGGUACAGAAAAGAAUCUAUAACUGUACUGAAAUAGAUAUUGUGGAUUCAAUCAAAAAUUGGUUACGAAAUGCGUGUCAAAGAAACUUAAACAGCUUAAAGGCAGCUGAAAAAAGAAGCCUCGACUUACAUAAGGAAGAUGACAAUUAAAUAUAGAAUUCAAAAUAAAAAAAAAUUGUGUACUUAUAAACAAAAUAAAAUAAAUAUUAAUAUAUAAAAGAAA